ACUGACACCUUCUGGUCGGAGUCUGUAUAAAGUGGAAGUGAAAUGUGCUUGCUUGUUUACAUUUCGUGCUGUUGUUACCAUAUAUGUAGAUAUAUAUUUUGCCAGUGAGUUGUACAACCACAUCGUGCUGGAUUGCGCUUUGAAUUUGCGAAUAUUCAACAUUUGCUUCUUGAAUGUGCAAACUUGUUGGCAUGACAUAGCAGGCAUGUUGAGCAUGUCGGACGCGUGAGUAGCUGUUCUUGUUGCUUUACUGUAAUGAGAGUUGAGAGCUCCAUUGCCCCUUAAACCGACAGAAGGAACUGUAAAUGGACAGAGGAGGAAUGGACCGUGGAAGAAGAGGAAGGGGUAGGCGAGGUAGAGGUGAUCGUGUAGAGGACAAGGAUGUCUGCCUAUCAAGGCGUCUGUCCUUUGCCCUACGCCAUGGGGCCAAUCAAAUGGGACUUCACAUGAAUCCUGAUGGCUUCAUUUUUGUGGAGGAACUUCUGGCUCAUGCACAGUUCCGCUCCUUCUCAUUGGAGGAUGUGGAGAGAGUUGUGGCCACCAAUGACAAGCAGCGAUUCAAGCUCCGCCCCUGCCCUGAGGACGGGCAGCUGCAAAUCCGAGCCAAUCAGGGGCACUCUGUGCAGGUAUGUGAUCUAGAGCUAAAGGCAAUUCAGUCUGGUUCUCCUGACUGUCCCAUGGAGGGUGUUCAUGGCUCCUACCUGCACCACUGGCCCUCUAUCCGCUCCCAAGGCCUCAGCCGCAUGAACAGAACACACAUCCACCUGGCCACUGGACUACCGGGGGAGGGCGGAGUCAUCAGCGGCAUGAGGACAAACUGUGACCUGGCCAUAUAUAUUGAUGUACCCAAAGCUCUCUCUGAUGGAAUCCAGUUCUUUUGGUCUGAGAAUGGUGUUUUGCUGACUCCUGGGGAUAGUGAGGGCAAACUACUUCCAAAAUACUUCAGCCGUGCUCUAAGACUGAGACCCACACAAAGUCUUUUGCCACUGGAGUAGACGGAGAGGUUGCUUAGUGAUUUUGUCACAGAUAUCCAAAGUUCUGAAGUUCUGCCUAGACUGUCCCCUUGGAAACCGAUACUGUCCUGAACCAGAACCAGAGACACCACUUCACUGUGAGACUUCCACUAUAACUCUACACACAUUGACUGACACUCUUGUUAACAAUAUCGCAUGACUGGGAGACCCAAGAGCAGCGGAUCUAUCAGAUGGGAAACAGAUGGCACAAGCUGUGGUUUGGUUAACGGACAGUCUUCAACUGUCCCACAGAGAUAGGAACGUACAUGCUGCAUGCCCAUGGGGGGGAGUUAUUUGUGGUUUUCUGGGCAGUUGACUUGAGGAAGCUCUGCCACCAUACAGUUUAAGGAUAGUCAGACACAUUCAUCUGGAAAUGAAAAAACCUGUCAACUCUUUUGUACAUCAAUAAACAUUUAUUUGUGGAUGUCAA